AUGGCUCGUGGCAAAGACAAAAAGAAACGUAAAUUGGAGAAGAAACAAGAAGGGGACGAUGUACCUAAAAAGAUUCCGCACACUUUGGAGUCACUACGAGAGAAAGAUGAGACCACUCUUGCUACUGCUGAAGCAGAUGAACAAGAAGAGGCACAAAAAGACAUGGAAUUAGAUGAACUCUCAUCAUAUUUUGAAAAUUCCUAUGAACCUAAAGUUCUAAUUACUUAUUCAGAUAACCCACAUACAAAAACUAGGAUAUUUGGUAGGGAAUUAACCAGAAUCAUACCGAAUUCAAUAUCCAGAUAUAGGCAAAGAUCAUCUGUAAAACGGAUAGUCCAGUCAUCGAUACGUGAGCAGGUGACAGAUGUGAUUAUUAUCAAUGAGAAUCAGAAGCAACCAAAUGGUUUUCUAUUAAUACACUUGCCAAAUGGGCCCACCGCUCAUUUUAGGCUUUCCAGUUGUAAGAUAACUCCAGAACUUAGGAAAGACUUUAAAGAAAUCACAAACCACAGACCCGAAGUGAUUCUUAACAACUUCAGUACACGUCUGGGUCUGACCGUUGGACGAAUGUUAGGAGCGCUCUUUCACUACGAGCCCCAAUUCCGUGGUCGACGCGCUGUCACUUUUCACAAUCAGCGGGACUACAUAUUCUUCAGACACCAUAGAUAUGAGUUCACAUCGGACGGCAAACGAGCUAAGCUACGGGAAUUGGGCCCCCGUUUCACUCUAAAACUUAUCUCGCUGCAGCAAGGAACCUUUGAUUCCAAACGAGGGGAUUACGAAUGGAUCAUAGCAGGGCGCAGACAUCAACUUGAGACAUCCAGGAGAAGAUUCUUCUUGUGA